UAUGCGAUUCUAUGUGCGAUUUUGUGCGACGUAUCUGGAGUCUGUACCGGUAUUUAUUGUGCGACUUUAUGCGAUUACUGUGCGAUUUUUGUGCGAUUGUUACCUGGAUUAUAACUGUUUGGUAUGUUUAGCGACUUUAGGCAAUUACUGUGCGAUUUUGUGCGAUUGUUACCUGGAUUAUAACUGUUUGGUAUGUUUAGCGACUUUAGGCGACAUUAGGCGAUGUGUGUACGAUGUAUGACAUAUUGGGUAGGUUGUGCGAUUUUAACAAUAUUAUGCGAUUUAGGUGCGAUUUUUGUGCGAUUGUAACUGGCAGGAUCUUAUUUUUUGUUUGUUUUGUACUGUUUUUUUAGCGAUAUUGUGCGAUUUAUGUGCGAUGUUUAUGCGAUUGUAUGUCACAGUGGCAAUCUUUAUGCGAUUUUUGGGCGAUUUUUGUGCGAUGUUUAUGCGAUAAAGUCUAAUUAAUCUUUGUAAAUGCAGAUGGCUCCAGAACUUAUUCUCCCAGUGUCAGAGCACUUUCCAGGGCGUAUAACAUACAGAGGGAACGGAUAUUUUGCAUCAAUCAAGGCUAAAUUUGAAGCUUUUAACUUGACUCAGAAGGUGAAGGAGACGCCCUUUGGUGUUUUUCGGAAUGCCAGCGAUUUGAAAUUCAGUGGGGUUAUUGUGCAUCAACUGUUACUAAGGAAGAAGAAAGUGAGUGAAGCCAAAAACGAUGAAGUGUGGUUUUACGUGGGUAAAACCGAAGCUAGAUUUGGGCGCUCUGAGUUCGGUUUGAUCACAGGCUUAAAGAUGAGCGGUGGUCCUUCGUCAGAAGAAUUGACUGCACAGUGUGAUUCUGAUCGGAUCUUGCGAGACUAUCUCAACAACUCAAAAAGGGUGACCUUUAAAACCCUUUGGCUAGCGUUUGAGGCAUGCGAUGUGGCUGACGAUGUAUACAAGUUGGGGUUGUGUGCAUUUGUCGAAGGUGUUCUGCUGUCACGGGCCGAGGGUGUGUAUAUCUGGACAGAUAUGCUAAAGUUGGUAGAAAAUGAAGACAAGUUCUUCGAGUAUCCUUGGGGUCUUCUUUCUUAUCAGAAGUUGUUGUCUUCCACAACUAAGAAUAUGCAACAACUUAGGCAAAACUACAUGGAUAAGAACGAUAAGACCAAGAAGAAACACAAGAAGGAGAAAAAGGUUACUCAACCUGAAGCGAAGUACAACGUGUACGGAUAUGCUCCUGCGCUGCAAUAUUGGGCAUUUGAGGCCAUGCAAGUUUUGGGGAAGAAGUAUGGCCAGUGCAAAGGGACUCGAUUCCCUCGAAUGUUGAACUGGAGCACCCCCGACACAGUCACGAAACAUGAUGUGAAGCAAGCUGAUGUGGCUGCACUCUUUGAGAAAAGGAUGGUUGUGCUUCAAAUUUUGUAUCCUCGGAAUUGGGAGGUUGAUUACUGGAAGGACAAUUGUGAGGGUGAGGUCCCCACAGUGGAAAUGGGGUUGGAUGAGGUCGAAGAAACACAAGCCGGGGCGCAAGAUUCGACCGCAUUCGAGACCCAAGCCCAACGCGUGGCAGAAUAUGUGGAAAGGUCCAAAAUUAUUCCACCAUCCCCACCCAAGGAAACAGCAAACGCCUCCACAUCUGCUACUGUGCCCCCAACCCCUGCCACUGUGCCCCCAAGCUCUGCUCCACCCAAUGACUCCGACUACCUCUUGUUGGCUAAGAGAUUGGAGAAGGUAGAAGCGCAACAACUUGCGAUUCUCACUGCCCAGACUGAGAUGAAGGCUGACUUCAAGAGAAGUCAGAAAGAGAUGAAGAAUCUUAUCAUGGAUCAAAUUGCGACCGUGAUAAGUUUGUUACAGAAGCAGCCUUCGGAGCCGACACAACCAUCAGGGCCGGCACAGCAAUCAGACCCCACACAUCCAUCCGACAUGGCAGAGCCAUUACAGACGGUACAUCCAUCACCGCCGACAUAUGAUGAUGAUGAUGAUGUCUACCCAGAAGAUUGGCAACCUGACGUAUGUGACGUUCCUUCUACUCCUGCAAACGCCAUUGUCAUUUCGCUGGGUGAUACAGAAUCUCAGGAUGUGGAAGAGUUGCAGGGGCCACCAGAUGGGGUGGAGUUCUGUAGGCUUAGGCGAAAGCGGAAGCCUGUUUUCUUGAAUGACUACACAGCUGGGAAGAAGAAACAACGACAUGGGCCCGUGGUAGUAGACACACUGAAACCGGCGGACCCCCGGCUGUUAAAAUUUUUCCAGAAGUGGAUUACUUAUGCUAGGGACAAUGGCCGUCCUAGGGAUGUUCACACUGGCGAAGCCACUAGAUCCUGGUUCGUGAAGUUGAUGGUGCUGAACGAAUGGCUCGACGAUGAUUACUGUGCGAUGUUUGUGCGAUUAUGUGAAACAAUUUUGGUGAUUUCUUUGUGCGAUUUUGGCGAUUUUUUGUGCGACUUUUAUGCGAUUUCUUUCUUACUAUUUUCUUUUGGAACACAACAAAUUGAUGCCAUGGCGCACUUAUUGAGAAGAAGACGGACCCUGUACCCAGAAGUCUACACCCAAAAAGGUGUAGUUUUGGACACAUCUGCUCCACAGUUCUUUUCCAUGUUUUGGAAUAUGUAUGAGGGUGACAAGAGCAAGAUGAAAUGGGAUGAGGGCGUUAUGAGUUACGUGCAGGGGAUACCGCACAGAUACUUGCCAUGUUGGGAGAACCAGGAUUACAUAUACUUCGUGUUGCACCUUCCCAAAGAGCGCCACUGGGUGGCAGUUGAGGUGGAUAUCGACAACUGGGAGAUCAUUGUAUAUGAUUCUGACAUCGGUGCCACCGUUGAGGCAGCCAUGGAGUCAUAUUUGAAGCCUUACAGCGAGCUCUUUGCGAAUCUAAUUCGAGCUAGCGGUUAUUUCCAAUACAACAAUUAUGUACAUCCGGUGGAGUUGGGCGAUCUCAAUUAG